AUGGCCUCAUCUCUAAAAAAACUUAUCAGUGUGGAAGAAUCCGUGGCGGCGGGGACAGUCCUGUCGCCGGCGCGACCCUCUCGCACCUUUCCCAUCGGCUCGCUCCGCUCGAGCAUCUCGCUGCAGCAAGUGUUACCCAACUCCGGUGGCUUCCAGGGCCCCCAGCGACAGAAGCGGAGCGCCCAGCGCAGCCCGCCGCCUCACGCGGGCUCAGCGCACUCAGCGCGCCUUGCACACGGACCCAGGCGGCGAGGAAAGUGGACAGGAGACACACUGCAAGCCCCGCAGGCCCGCAGAAGACACGCUCCCUCGGACACGGUCUCCGGCGCUACCACACGCGCCCGCGGCCGCCGGGACGCGUCCCCCGGGUCUCCGCACGCCCCGGCGUCUGCGGCAGCCCCCGCGCCGCGCCGGCACCCCGCCGCCCCCCGCCCCCGGCCCCGGCGGCCGGCCCCUCAGGAGCAGCACCCGCCUGACCUCGCGCGCCGCCUUCUCGCCGUCCUCGCGCGGGCUGCGUCCCCCACCUCACUGCGCUCCACCGCCGCCUCGGCCUCGGCGCUCAGCGUGCGGCCCUUCGCGCCCGACGAGAGCGCGGCGCCCUCCGGCCGCGCGCGCCCCACGCGGGUGAGCGCUUCCUCCGCGGACGCCGGCGCUCCGCCUCCGCCGCCCCUCCCGACUGGCGAGGAGGGCGCUGUCCGCACCGGGGCCGCGCAGCGCGCGCUCCGCUCCCGGCGCCCCUCGGCGCCCCACAAGGCCGGGUGUCCGGGCUCCGGGUACAACGACCGUCGACCUCCCGCAGCCGGCCGCCCCGCAGGUGCCAGAAGCCCGGAGAGCCGGCGUCUGCGCGCCACCGCCCACGACGACGCCCGCCGCGACCACUCCCGCCCCACCGCGGCCCCGCCCCGCCCCUACCCACCACCUCCUUCCCCGUCCCCCGCCGACCGCUCCCGCCCCCCGCGGCCCCUCUCCGCUCCGCCCCUCUCCGGCCCUGCCCCGCCCCUCCCCAGCAUAUCCUCCCCGCCCCCCCACCACUCUCUGAGGGCGCUCCCACGCAGCCUGGGUCCUCUGGUGGGCAAAGCAAAGGAGUACCAGGUGGAGACCAUUGUGGACGCCCUCUGUGCCAACAUGCGGUCAGACAAGGAGCAGCUCCGAGACAUCCCUGGCAUCGGCCUCAAGACCUUCCUCUCAGAGCUCCCCCCUGCAGCCACAGGCUUUGGCCUGGCCACCAACGUGUGCCGGAAGAUCACCCGCCAGCUCACCAGUGCCACUGCCCUGCAGGAGGACGUGGCUGUGCAGCUGGAAGCCCUGGACAUCCUCUCUGACAUGCUGAGCAGGCUGGGCGCCCCGCUGGGCGCCUUCCACGCCAGCCUCCUGCACUGUCUGCUGCCGCAGCUGAGCAGCCCGCGCCUGGCCGUGCGCAAGCGGGCCGUCGGGGCGCUCGGCCACCUGGCGGCCGCCUGCAGCGCCGACCUUUUCGUCGAGCUCGCCGACCACCUGCUGGACCGGCUACCCGGCCCGCGCGCGCCCGCCAGCCCCGCUGCCAUCCGCACCCUCAUCCAGUGUCUGGGCAGCAUCGGCCGCCAGGCAGGCCACCGCCUCGGGGCCCACCUGGACCGCCUGGUGCCCCUGGUGGAGGAAUUCUGCAACCUGGAUGAUGAUGAGCUCGGGGAGUCCGGCCUCCAGGAUUUCGAGGCCUUCUUGAGGAAGUGCCCCAAGAAAAUGGGCCCUCACGUGCCCAACGCGACCAGCCUCUGCCUCCAGUACAUGAAGCACAACCCCAAUUAUAACUAUGACAGCGACGAGGACGAGGACCAGAUGGAGACAGAGGAUAGUGAAUUCACUGAGCAAGAGAGUGAGGACGAGUACAGUGACGACGAUGACAUGAGCUGGAAGGUGCGCCGGGCAGCGGCCAAGUGCAUGGCGGCCUUGAUCGGCUCGAGGCCCGACCUGCUGCCCGACUUCCACUGUACCCUGGCGCCCGCGCUCAUCCACUGCUUCCAGGAACGCGAGGAGAACGUCAAGGCUGAUGUCUUUGGAGCUUACAUGGUGCUGCUUUGGUAAACCCGGCCCCCGAAGGGAUGGCUGGAGGCUGAGGAGGAGCCCACCCAGACCGGCAGCAACCUAAACAUGCUGCCAGGACAGGUGCCCCUUGUGAUCAAGGCCCUGCAGCGGCAGCUUCAAGAUCGGAGUGUCAGGGCCCGCCAGGGCUGCUUCAGCCUCCUCACUGAGCUGGCGGGCGUCCUCCCUGGCAGCCUGGCAGAGCACAUGCCCGUGCUGGUAGCAGGCAUCAUCUUCUCGCUGGCAGACGGCUCCAGCUCCUCCACCAUCCGGAGGGACUCCCUGGCCUUCCUGCAGGGGCUCCUGGGCACGGAGCAAGCCAAGGCCUUCCACCCACCACCUGUGAUGGCCUGCGUGGCUGACCCUUUCUACAAGAUCGUGGCUGAGGCCCUGCUCGUGCUGCAGGAGCUGGUGCGGGCCCUGUGGCCGCUGGACAGGCCUCAGGCGCUGGACCCCGAGCCAUACAUUGGAGACAUGUCUGCCGCCACCCUGGCACAGCUCCGUGCCACUGACCUGGACCAGGAGGUGAAGGAGCGGGCCAUGUCCUGCAUGGGCCACCUCAUGGGCCACCUGGGUGACCGGCUCGGGGAUGACCUGAAGCCUUCACUAUUGCUCCUCCUGGACCGCCUGUGGAAUGAGAUAACCCGGCUGCCUGCCAUCAAGGCAUUGACGCUGGUGGCCGUGUCCCCACUGUGGCUUGACCUGCAGCCCAUCCUGGCCGAGGCACUGCCCACUCUGGCCUCAUUCCUGUGCAAGAACCAGCGGGCGCUGCGGCUGGCCACGCCGGCUGCCCUGGAUACCCUGGCCCAGAGCCAGGACCACAGCCUCCCUCCGUCCACCACACGGGCUGUGCUGGCCGAGCUGCCCGCCCUGGUCGGCGAGAGCAACAUGCACGUGGCCCAGCUGGCUGUGGACUUCCUCACCACGGUGACCCAGGCCCAGCCGGCCUCUUUGGCCGAGGUCAGCAGACCCGUGCUCGAAGAGCUGCUGCAGCUGCUGCAUUCGCCCUUGCUGCCAGCAGGUGUGCUGGCGGCCACCGAAGGCUUCCUGCAGGCUCUGGUGGGGACCCGCCCUGCGUGCGUGGACUACGCCGAGCUCCUCAGCCUGCUGACUGCGCCGGUUUACGACCAGGCUGUGGAUGGCGGGCCCGGCCUGCACAAGCAGGUGUUCCACUUGCUGGCUCGGUGUGUGGCAGCCCUUGCAGCCGCCUGUCCCCAAGAGGCGGCAGGCACAGCAAACUGCCUGGUCUGUGAUGCCAGGUCCCCCCACUCCAGCAUGGCUGUCAAGGUCCUGGCAUUCCUGUCACUGGUUGAGGUGGGCCAGGUGGCUGGACCGGGCCCCCAGCGGGAGCUAAAGACAGGGCUUCUGGAGGCCUUGGGGUCACCAAGUGAGGACAUGAGGGCGGCUGCCUCCUACGUGCUGGGCCGCGUGGGCGCUGGGAACCUGCCCAACUUCCUGCCCUUCCUGCUGGGGCAGAUGGAGGCCGAGCCCUGGUGGCAGUACCUGCUGCUGCACUCGCUCAGGGAGGCCCUGGGGGCCGCCCAGCCCGACAGCCUGAAGCCCUAUGCCGAGGACAUCUGGGCCCUUCUGUUCCAGCGCUGCGAGGGCGCCGAGGAGGGCAGCUGGGGGGUGGUGGCCGAGUGCAUCAGGAAGCUGGUCCUCGUGAACCCUCCGUUCCUUCUGCCCCGAUUCCGGAAGCAACUUGCGGCAGGUCGGCCACACACCCGGAGCACUGUCAUAGCAGUCAAGUUCCUCAUCUUGGACCAGCCCCAUUCCAUUGACCCCCUCCUGAAGAGCUUCACUGGAGAGUUCAUGGAGAGCCUGCGGGACCCAGACCUGAACGUGCGCCGGGCCACUCUGGCUUUCUUCAACUUGGCCGUGCACAACAAGCCCUCGUUGGUCCGUGACCUGCUGGAUGACAUCCUGCCCCUCCUCUACCAGGAGAUGAAGAUCCGCCAGGGCCUCAUCCGAGAGGUGGAGAUGGGACCCUUCAAGCACACAGUGGACGAUGGGCUGGACGUGCAGAAGGCGGCCUUCGAAUGCAUGUACUCGCUGCUCAAGAGCUGCCUGGGCCAGCUGGACAUCUGCGAGUUCCUGAACCACGUGGAGGAUGGCCUGAAGGACCACUACGAUAUCCGGAUGCUGACCUUCAUCAUGCUCGCUCGAUUGGCUACCUUGUGUCCUGCGCCCAUCCUGCAGAGGGUGGACCGGCUCAUUGAGCCACUCAGGGCCACCUGCAGCACCAAGGUCAAAGCUGGUUCCGUGAAACAGGAGUUUGAGAAGCAAGAUGAACUGAAGCGCUCUGCAAUGAGGGCAGUGGCUGCCCUGCUGCCCAUCCCUGAAGUGGGGAAAAGCCCCAUCAUGGCCAACUUUACUUCUCAAAUCCGAUCCAACCCUGAACUCGCAGGUCUCUUCAAAAGAAUCAAGAAGGAUUCUGCUUCAGCCCCCAGCACAGACUCAGUGGAGCUCAGCUAGUCCUCUCCCAGUCCCCAGGUGGGCCCUUACUCAAGAGAAGGGGGCCUGCCCAAGUCUGAGGCCUCACCCUCCCACCACCGCAGGCCACAGGCCUCUACU